UUUUAAGAACGCGAUCUUUUUUUCAACAGUUGUCGGAGAUGCUUUGCAUCAGCCUAAUUAUUUCUUCCUUGAUGGCAACGGUUGCUGCCUUCAAAUAUGGGGAUAUACCAGUGGAAUAUAGGGAACUGAUACCUGCGGAAGUGAAGGUGUUUAUCAUUGGUCUAUCGGAUGCUGACAAGAAAGUUCUAAAGGAAGUGUUACACAGUACCUCGGAUUUCGAAAAUGAAGAUCAGCUUGUGGAUGCCAUAAGAGAAAAAUCUCCCGACUUGGCAGAAAGGGCUAACAAGCUUAGUGAUAUGUACAAAACAAAACUUGCUGCACUCGGACCAGAGGCUCAGACAUUUGCUAAAGAGAUGAUGAAAAACUGUCUGAAAGUUAGACUGCAGUACUUUGGUGGAAAGAAUCCCAGUCGCGCUGAUUUGAAGAAAAUAGCCUUGGAUCUUAUAGAAAAGUACAAAGCUCUUUCCAACGAUGCUAAGGAAGAUUUAAAGAAGGAGUUUCCCAUCAGCGCAAUUUUAUCAAAUGAGGCAAUGUUGGAACGCCUGAAAAAUAUGAACUAGACCACCGAAACACUUGAAGAAGAAGCCUGCACCAGCAAUUUUAAAAAUUUGCACUUCUCUAUCUACAAGAGGAAAACGUACCUGUGACAGUCUGAACAAAGCGUGCUUGAUAAUGUUUUUACUACUAGUGUAAUAAAGAUUAGUAUCACUGGA